AUGACCAAGAUCUCAAGCAACCGCUCCUUUCGAGCACUAACAUCUGCCUUUGUUGUUACGAUCCUUCUGCUAUAUACCAUCAAAUUGAAGCAUGAAUCGACAGCAUCUCCGCCUGCGAUACAACACAUCCCCAAACAUUCAAUUCCAUCCGAACGUUCGAUUCCCUCUGAAAUUUCGAUUCCGCAGAGCUCUCCCGCUCCUGAAGUCCUCAACGAAAGACACCGUCCCCGGGUCAAAAAAAGGAAAUCAGAUACCACUGUCCCCAGUGACGGGGAUACGACGGACACCAGCCCUAUAGUCCCUGGUGUUGACAAGGUGAUCCACAAGUCUAGAGAAAAUGGGAAAUUGGAGAAGGGAGCAACAUCUUUGUUCUACACGGGAUUACCAGGUGGUGUCAAGGGCUGGCAGAAAGACGUCGAGAUGUGUCUCAAAUGGGCAAAGAAGAACAUUCGCGACAAACACCGUCCAAACCAGGAAGUGGAGCUUGUUGCUUUUGGCGAUGUGAUCAGCGAAACAUGGCGAGAGACAAAAUACGCAGGCAUCGUCAGGCCAUUCGAGAAGUCGCCGGGAGCCAGCCUGAAAGCCGAAGAGAAAGAUGCCACCGCCGCAGAGAAAGACUGGAAAGCCCCCAAAUACAAAGAUAUAAAACAGGAAUGGGGUUGGCAGGUCAAAGAGCCAUUUGAAAAGGCAAUUUCGACUGCAUUCGCCCAGCUUAGCGCUGGGGUAGUCUAUCUAUGCACCCCGAAUGACCACGUCUGGAACCCAGAAAGGACAUGGGGAAAAUUCGAAUACCCUGUCCUGACAAGAGAAAGUGGGAUGGUCUCGAAAAUCAUUCGAUACGAUCCAUUCGAGUACAAGAAAGAUAAGGAUGGGAAGCUUGUCACAAUUAGUGACAAUGAAGAAAGCCCGGAAAAGCCCAUUACGUUCCGCCCCAGGACGGUUUGGGACCGUUCAAAAGACAAAUUGACAUCGGAUGACACGGUGAAUGUGGCGUCGAGAAAUUCCUUUUUACUCGACGAAUUGAAAAAAGAGGACUAUCCGUCAGGAAACUGGAGAGCAUAUGACGAUGAUAACGGAGUAGAAGAGUGUUAA